AUGGCUCUGCAGGAUGUGUGCAAGUGGCAGGCCCCCGACACCCAAGAAGCCUCACCUCACCUGCCUCAGGCUGGUGGCUGGGCUGUGCCCCAGGGCUGGGACCCUCAAACCUUCCUGCAAAUCCAUGGCCCCAGGCUGGCCCAUGGUACCACGACCCUGGCUUUCCGCUUCCGUCAUGGAGUCAUCGCUGCGGCUGACACGCGGUCCUCCUGUGGUGACUACGUGGCCUGUCCAGCCUCACGCAAGGUCAUCCCUGUGCAUCAGCACCUCCUGGGCACCACCUCUGGCACCUCGGCCGACUGCGCCACAUGGUACCGGGUGCUACAGCGGGAGCUGCGGCUGCGGGCACUGAGGGAGGGUCAGCUGCCCAGCGUGGCCGGCGCCGCCAGACUCUUAUCAGUCAUGAUGUCGCGCUAUCGGGGGCUGGAUCUGUGCGUGGCCACUGCCCUGUGCGGCUGGGACCGUUCCGGCCCUGCCCUCUUCUACGUCUACAGCGACGGCACCUGCCUGCAGGGGGACAUCUUCUCAGUGGGCUCUGGAUCUCCCUAUGCCUAUGGUGUGCUAGAUGGCGGCUACCACUAUGACAUGAGCACCCAGGAAGCCUAUGCCCUGGCCCGCCGUGCUGUGGCCCAUGCCACCCACCGUGAUGCCUACUCGGGGGGCUCCGUGGACCUCUUCCACGUGCGGGAGAGUGGAUGGGAAUAUGUGUCCCGCAACGAUGCCUGGGUGCUGUACUCGGAACUGCGGAAGCUCCCAGGGCCGGGGCCAGAGCAGGAACGGGAGGAGGAGGCCAUCCCGGACAGAGCCGGUGAAGGCGGAGAACCGUCUGUGGCACCAGCCCCGGGGGACUCGAGGAUGCCCGCAGAGGCGCUGUGA